UUUGUCCGAAAAUAGUUUUGAUUUAAAUGCCAUGUCCAAAUGUCUCCACUGUUGAUGUGGAUGCAGCCCUACCCCUCUGUUACUCUCUCGAUCUCUCAACGAAGAUUUUCGCGCGUCGAUUCACACCAGGUUAUUGUCAAUUAAUGUCUACGAACCUUGAUACUAUUGAAUCGAGUUCCGAUGCUGUUGUUUCAGCUGAACUUCCGACUAACAGUCAUGUCGCGUUAACUAACGAGGUUAACGUUGCGGUUGCUGUUGGGGAUGAAUUGUUAGAAUCGAAUACUGGAACCCUAACGACGAAACCGUCUUCUGAUCAUGAUGGAGGUGGUACUGUUGCUCAUGAUUCGGUUAAUGAUUCUAGGGUUUCUCGAGACGAAAGAGAAAAUGUUGAGAAAGUUCUAGAUGAAAAGGCAGAAGAAGAAGUUAAUCACGAGGAAAAGGAAGAAGAACAAGUUAAUCAUGAGGAAAAGGAAGAAGAAGAAGUUAAUCACGAGGAAAAGGAAGAAGAACAAGUUAAUCAUGAGGAAAAGGAAGAAGAAGAAGAAGUUAAUGAUGAGGAAAAGGAAGGUGAGUAUAAGGUCUCCGAUCUGGUUUGGGCAAAGGUAAGGAAUUAUCCAUGGUGGCCUGGACAGAUAUUUGAUCCAUCUUCUUCAACAGAUGUAGCAAGGAAAUACUCAAAGAAAAAAGGGUUUCUCAUAGCAUAUUUUGGUGACCAAAGCUUUGCUUGGAAUGAGAAGUCAAAAAUCAAGCCAUUUAGGAAGAAUUUCUCAAAAAUGGUGAACCAAAGUAACAGCACAAAGUUUCUUCAUGCUGUUGAUUGUGCUUUGGAUGAAGCUUUGAGGCGAAUCGAGUUUGGAUUAUCCUGUUCUUGCUUGUCCAAAGAGGUAUAUGAGAAAAUCAAAUCCCAAACAUUUGUUAAUGCUGGAAUUAAGAAAGAAGAUAGUAGAAUCAAUGGUGGUGAUCGCUUUUCUACUGUUGCCACUUUCAAACCUGCUAAUGUUGUUCAAUCUGUGCAAGAUUUAGCUAGAGAACAGUUUGAUGGAUUCAACAAAUUGCAGGUUUUGUCACUUAAUACUCAGUUAUUCUCAUACUAUCGUUGGAAAGGGUAUCAUCAAUUUUCUACACGCUAUUUUUUAGAUGGAUUAGAUGAGAAAGUAGAAGAGAAUUGUUCUGAGAUUCCUCUAAUUGCAAAACCAUCUUCUUCAGAUGAAAAGGUUUCAUCUAAAAAAAGGAAGUUGAAAGAUAAGAAGAUUGUUAAAGAUGAAAAACAAAAACCAGCUUCUGUAAGCGAAGAAGAGAAAGUUUCUAAAAAAAGAAAGUUAAAUGGUUCUGAUAGUGUGAAUUCACAGAAACAUAAACACAAACGCAUGCGUAAUGGUAAUGGUGAUACUGAUACGAUCCCAAAAAAGAAACUGACAAAAGAUGGUGGCAAAAAAAGUCGGAAUGGAAUUGCAGAUAGAAAGCCAUCAGCUCCAAUUCCGAUUCCAACACCAAAAAGACUCUUUGGGGUUGGUGACAGCAUCUGUAGAAUUGCUAAAAAACUAUCAUUGUCGCCUUUGAUUCCCAUUCCCAAGAAGGAAUCCGAAUCGGAAUCCCAAUUCCAGUCCCAGGUAUCAAAGGAUUCCGAUUCCGCUUCCAAUUCCAAUUCCAAUUCUGUUGAUGAGAAGCGUGUUGACCAAACUCAGGAGUCAACAAAGUCUGAUGAUGUGUCAACCAAAUCUGAGAUAAGUGAUUCAAGUUUGAAAACCACAAGCAAAGAGAAGUUUGCUGCACUGAUUCUAAAGUUUACAAAUUUGGAUUCCAUUCCAUCGGUGACAAAUCUGAAUGAGAUAUUUAGGGUGUAUGGGAGUUUGAUGGAAUCAGAGACUGAAGUGUUGAAGAAGAGUAGUUGUGCUAAAGUUGUGUUUGAGGAAAAAACAAAUGCAGAAGCUGCUUUUAGUAGUGCUGGAAAGUUUGGUAUUUUUGGACCUUCUCUUAUUAGUUACAGACUUGAUUAUUCACCAACACCAAGGAAAAUCUAUACAAGAAAGGGAAAGAAAAAGAAUGGAAAAGGCGAUUCCGUUUGAUGAUUAAUGUAAUGUAAUGUACUUUUAGCUACAAAUUAUAUAUAAUUAGGUAGCCUUAAGGUUAUAACAUGAGAGAGGUUAUGAACUAGUGUUUUUUUUUAAGUAACAAGUAAUUGCUUCCUGUUGGAUUUUGUAUUUGCUAGUAUGGAUAUGUUUAGUUUACUACUUGUUUGAAUAGAUGAAAAUUGAUUAGUUUUGUAAAAAUAUUGUUAAAUUUAUGUUGUUUGUUUUGUUAAAAAAAAAGGUCCUCGGGUAAACCCAAAUCUGAUGCUAUAUUUUCAAAUAAUGUUUCAUAUCUUGUUACAAUAUUUGAACAUCUCAAGAACAUUUUUCAUUUCAUUUUGGUUUUAGUUAAGGUUUUUAAUUAAAAUAUUUUAAACAUAUCACAAACCUUUAUUUGUUGUUUAUCGAUAUUUUGUUAAAGAAUUUGAAAAACUUUAUUUUGUAAGUUAAGGUAAAGUGGGACUUUAAUAUUUUUAUAAAAUAUAUAAAUUCUUUCUACUAAGAUACGGAUAUUCAAAAUUUCAAACAAUUCAUACACAAAAAAAAAGCAACAACACAUUCACUAAUAGAAAGCAGUAUAAAAGUAGGCAAAAACAGUUAUCUAAAUAAAUUGUGUUUACCAAAAUCACAUUACAAAACAAGAACAAAUCGUCUGCCCUCUGCAAACACAAAUCUAAAACCACAAUUCCAUUUGAACUCUUCAACAAACAUAUCAAAACUAAGACAAAAGUCACCAGUAAAACCUCCUCAGAAAUAUCACUUAAGAUCUUGGCUUCUCCUUCUUCUCCUUGAAAAGAGCCAAAAGUGAAACACCAGAAACCUUCACCACCUUGAACCUAACUCCAGGAAUAUCUCCCACAGCAUGUCCCUUACGUCCAAA